GGGGUUCAUGCCUGUGGUCUCAGCUAUUUAGGGGGCUGAGGUGGGAGGACUGUUUGGGCCAGGAGACGGAGGCUGCAGUGAGCUGAGAUCACGCCACUGCACUCCCGCCUGGGCAACACAGUGAGACCCUGUCUCAAAAAACAAAAAAAGUCCACCAAUGUACCCUAUAUUUUUUGACAAUAUAUUUGCCAGUUCAUGCAGUUUCUUCAGAAUAUCACUCUUCUCUUUCCUGAUCUGAUUAAGACUCUCAUCCCCUGGCUUAUGCUAAGUGUGGGUUCUGGUUAGUGGUAUAACAUGUGGUGUGGGGCAGGAGGGAAACUGUUUGCUUUCUUUUAUUAUUAUCAUUAUACUUUAAGUUCUGGGACACAUGUGCACAAUGUGCAGGUUUGUUACAUAGGUAUACAUGUGCCAUGGUGGUUUGCUGCACCCACCAACCCGUCAUCUACAUUAGAUAUUUCUCCUAAUGCUCUCCCUCCCCCAGCCCCCCACCCCCUGAUGGGCCCCGGUGUGUGAUGUUCCCCUCCCUGUGUCCAUGUGUUCUCAUUGCUCAACUCUCUCUUAUGAGUGAGAACACGCGGUGUUUGGUUUUCUGUCCUUGUGAUAUUUUGCCGAGAAUGAUGGGGAAAGUGUUUGCUUUCUUCUGCAAGAGAGAGGUACACCUUUCCUGGUAGUGGAGGUAGGAAGGAAAUAUUUCUGGAGGGUUGUCCUUUUUAUGUCCUUUGAAUACUCCCAGAUGUCAUUAAUCCAGCUGACAGGAUGCCACCUUUUUUUGAAACCGAAUGAGGUUAUGAAUUCAAUUGGUGGUGAAUCUAGCAGUUUUGCAGAAUCAGACUCUGGGUUUGUUUUUAAACAAACUCAAUGGCUCCAAGCCAUAAGGGAAUUUCUACCCAGUAAUAGAAAGGUCCUGAAUUUCGUUCCAUGCCUUGAGGUGGGAGGAUUUUAAUGAUCAUCCUCUAGCUUCGUUUUUUGCGUGUGUGACAGGGUGUCACCCAGGCUGGAGUGCAGUAGCACACUCUUGGGCUCACUGCAACCUCUGCCUCUGCGUUCAAGUGAUUCUCAUGCCUCAGCCUCUGAGUAGCUGGGACUACAGGCAUCCACCACCACGCCCUGCUAAAUUUUUUUUUGUAUUUUUAGUAGAGACAGGGCUUCGCUAUGUUGGCCAGGCUGGUCUCAAACUCCUGGCCUCAAAUGAUCCACUUGCCUCAGCCUCCCAAAGUCCUGAGAUUACAGGCAUGAGCCACUGUGCCCAGCCCAUCGUCUAGCUUUAAAAAGUAUCCAGUGAUGUACAAAGGCUGCUACUUUCCCAUCCCUGAAUAGGAACAGGAGUUUCAAUGCUCUUCACCCUAUCUUACCUCCAUAACCAAUUCCAAAAACCCCUCUUAUUUCCUGGGAAAAGGAGAGAGUCCAUGUCCUUUAACAUCUUCCCUAUGAAUGUCACCAUCAGUUACGGUUCUCCGACUGCCAGCAAUAAACUGGCUCUAACUUAAGUAAGAACAAAAGGAUGCCAGGGUAACCCACUGGUCUGAAAGAAGAAUUGAAUGACAAGCCUAGGGUACAAUGGUAACCAGGGCAGCUCUGAGGACUUUGGCCUGAGGAACUUGCUGACCAUCACCCUAAGUGCACCCUUCUCAUGACUCAAUCCCAACUGCCUUUUGUUACUGUGUGUCUCUACUCAAGAAAGAGAAUCUGAUUGGCCUGGCUUGAAUUACAUGUAUCCUUGAGGCCUGGGGCAGCAGGGGUACUGUGGGAAAGAGGGGUGAUUUCUGCCCACCCGCCACCAACCAAAAAACCAAAAAAAAAAACAAAAACCGGAGGUGGGUGGUAAUGUUACCGGGAAAACUGUUAGCACAGAAUACGAAGUAAGAGAGUCCUAGCUCAUUCCGACCCCAGAGAGCAGCCACUGGAAAUGUAAAAGAUGGCUCUCAGCACAAGGGUUAUCACCAUGGAGAGGCCUUCAGGCUGGGACCCAAGAGGCCUUGAUGAGUGGCACUAAAUUGGUAAAUUUACCCCAGGGCAGGGUCUGGGUUUUAGUUUUGUAACUUGAUACUUCCCAUACCCCUGAGUUGAUCACUCAGGGAGGCUAUCUCAUUCUGGUUAAAUUUACAGUAAAAUGGAACUUAAGCAUGAAAAAUUCACCUUGCUAAUUUUCUUUUUUUUAAAAUUAUACUUUAAGUUUUACGGUACAUGUGCACAACGUGAAGGUUUGUUACAUAUGUAUACGUGUGCCAUGUUGGUGUGCUGCACCCAUUAACUCGUCAUUUAACAUUAGAUCUCCUAAUGCUAUCCCUCCCUCCUCCCUCCUCACCUUGCUAAUUUUCAGUGAGAGGAUCACUUGAGCCCAGGAGUUUGAGACCCUGUCUCUAUUUAAAAAAUUAAAUUUGGCUGGGCACGCUGGCUUAUGCCUGUAAUCCCAGCACUUUGGGAGGCCGAGGUGGGUGGAUCACCUGAGGUCAGCAGUUUGAGAGCAGCCUGGCCAACAUGGCAAAACUCCGUCUCUACUAAAAAUACAAAAAUUAGCAGGCCGUGCUGGCAUGCACCUGUAGUCCCAGCUACUUGGGAGGCUGAGGCAGGAGAAUCGCUUGAACCUGGGAGGCAGAGGUUGCAGUGAGCCAAGAUUGUGCCACUGCACUCCAGCCUGGGCAACAGAGAGAAACUCUGUCUCAAAAAAAAAAAAAAAAUUAAAAAUUUUUUUCAAUGAGAAAUUUAAUCAUCCAAUAGACUGGACACUGUGUUUACCUGAUAGUCAAUUCUCCUCUUCUUCUGAAGGGAAUGGUUCAAGAAAAUGCAAAUUCUCAGAUUUGGUGAGCUUAGGACAAGUCAGACAAGUCUCAGUUCAAAUCCUGCUUUGCUGGCUGUGUGAACUUGAGCUUGUUGCUUAACCUCUCUGAACUAAGAUACCUCUUUUUUUUUUUUUUUACAAUCCUUUUUUUCUAAUAUUUAUAGACUGCCUAUUAUAUUUGCUGUGUUCAUGAGAGUGAACAAAACAGACAUAGACUCCUCCCUUAUGGAGCUUACAGUCUAGUGGGGGAGGCAAACAUUUAAAAACACAGCAAAAAUGUAUUAAUGGCAAAUAUGUAAGUAUGAAGUGUUGUGAAGCAGAAGAAUAGGAGAUAAUGCCAGCCGGGGACGGGACCUAAUUUAGAUGGGCUUAGGAGCCUCUCUGAGGCUUGACAUUUUUUUUUUUUUUUGAGAUGGAGUUUCGCUCUUAUUGCCCAGGCUGGAGUGCAGUGGUGCGAUCUCAGCUCACUACAACCUCCACCUCCCAGAUUCAAGUGAUUCUCCUGCCUCAACCUCUCAAGUAGCUGAGAUUACAGGCGUGUGCCACCAUGCCCGGCUAAUUUUGUAUUUUAAGUAGAGAUGUGGUCUCACCAUGUUGGCCAAGCUGGUCUCCAACUCCUGACCUCAAGUGAUCCACCCGCCUCGGCCUCCCAAAGUGCUGGGAUUACAGGCAUGAGCCACUGCGCCCGGCCUUCACAUUUGAGCUGAGAUGGGAGGAAGGAUGUUGGUGAGAGGAAGUGGGAGGAGAAGAGCAGGCUGAGGAAACAACUGGUGCAAGAGCUUCCAGCCUGGUUACUGAGAGGCAAGGGAUGGAAGCUCGUGCCUGGGGAAUAAGAGGUGUUGCAAGCCGAGGCUCAGAGGCAGGGCCAGGUCAUGGAAGAACAUUUGCAAAAAUCCUAAGAGCAGUGUGUAUCAGCCAGUAUCAGCCACAACAGGAAAUCACAGAGCCCUGAAUGACAGUGAUCUUAAAUAAGACAAAGUUAUUUCUUCCUCAGGAUGAAGUCUGUAGGCAGUAGGAGAUCUGUACCUGGUCCACCCAGGGCUGGCACGGCAGCUCCAGGAUGUCAUCGAAACAGGCUCCUCCGGCUCUCUGCUCUGCCCUGCCAGCCGACACAGGAGGAAUAAUUAAUCCCCAGUGGAAUAUUAUGAGGAGAAGAACUGAGAAUAGUAAUAUAAAGCUAAAUCUUUGUUAUAUAGAGAGUCAAUAGAUAAUGUCUAAAGUUGAAAAUAAAGGCUGGGUACUAUGGCUCAUGCCUGCAAUCCUAACAUUUUGGGAGGUUGACACAGGAGGAUCACUUGAGCCCAGGAGUUUGAGGCCAGCCUGGACAACAUAGUGAAACCCUGUCUUUGCAAAAAAUAAGUUAGCCAGGUGUGGUGGCGUGUGACUGUAGUUCCAGCUACUUGAGAGGCUGAGGCAGGAGGAUCACUUGGGCCCAGGAGAUUCAGGCUGCAAUGAGCCAUAAUCAUGCCACUGCACUCCAGCCUGGGCAACAGUAAAUGAAUACAUGAUAGAUAGAUAGAUAGAUAGAUAGAUAGAUAGAUGAUAGAUAGAAGAUAAAUAAGUAAAUUAAUAAAAAUAGUACCUAUAUUGAUAUUUUAAGAUCUAUCAUCUAUGUAUCUAUUAUCUAUUUUAUGUAUAGAAGUUGCUACCAGAGGCCAGGCACAGUGGCUCAUGCCUGUAAUCCCAGCACUUUGGGAGGUUAAGGCAGGAGGAUCACGAGGUCAGGAGUUCGAGACCAGCCUGGCCAGCAUGGGGAAACAGUCUCUACCAAAAAUACAAAAAAUUAGCUGGGUAUGGUGGCACGUGCCUGUAGUCCCAGCUACUCGGGAGGCUGAGGCAGGAGAAUUGCUUGAACUCAGCAGGCGGAGGUUGCAGUGAGCCAAGAUCGCACCACUGCACUCCAGCCUGGGUGACAGAGUGACACUCCGUCUCAAAAAAGAAAAAAAAAAAAGAAGUUGCUACCAGAAGUGAAAAAACAAGAAUGACUUGUUUGUAAUUGGUGGGAUUUGAGGGACAACGGGGUUGGCCUCUGGCUUCCUGGGCUCUGGUCUCCCCAAGCCUGUCUAGUGGUGAGCUUCUGUUCAACUUCCUUUGCUGGUCCAUUAUUUGGACCUUUCUUAAAAUGGAAAGGCCAGCAGAGCGACUCCAACCACCUCCUUCUGCUUCAGGAGCUGCCUUAGUGGAUUGGGUCCCUCUCAACCAAGGCAAAUCCGAGCUGCGUUGUUAAGUUUCAGUGGCGGAUGCAAGAUGUCUGGAAUUCAGUGGGAUGGCAGUGUCUGUCUUGAAGAGGCUCUUGGUGUUUGGGCUGGAGCUACCUCUGGACAGGAGGCGCCCCCUACUGACACCCAGAGGCCCUGGAAACUCACUUCCCAUGAGGCACUGUCUGAUCUCAGAACUGAUGGGGUUCAGAGAUGGCCCUUUCUCAUUAUUUCCAAAGGGCCUCAGGGGACACAGCACACACGAGGAUGAAGGACCCUCAACCUGGAAUUUGAGACACAUUCCUCAUGGUAGAGUUUCAACAGGACAUGACCACAUGGAUUUCUGGGCUGAGGUAGUGUCCAGUCAACCGCUCUGGCCACUGGACUUUUUUUUUUUUACGAGAUUGAGUCUCGCUUUGUCACCCAGGCUGGAGUGCACUGGCACAAUCUCGGCUCACUGCAACCUCCACUUCCAGGGUUCAAGCAACUCUCCUGCCUCAGCCUCCCGAGUAGCUGGGAUUACAGGCAUGUGCCACAAUGCCUGGCUAAUUAUUGUAUGUUUAGUAGAGACAGGGUUUCGCCAUGUCGGCCAGGCUGGUCUUGAACUCCUAACCUGAAGUGAUCCUCUCACCUCAGCCUCCCAAAGUGCUAGGAUGACAGGCGUGAGCCACCGUGCUCGGCCUGGCCACUGGCUUUUGAGUGGUUGGAGUAGUUCAUCCAGGCCCAGCGUGGGACACUUUCCUGUGGAGUCCAGCCAGCUGACAGUUCUAACCAAAUUAAAUACUCUGGUUUCACACUAAACUGCCUUGGUUCCACCAAACCCCUGAUAAAGAUUCUCAUCGGAAUGAAGCUGUGGACAAAGCCAGGGUCCUCCCUAAGACUCACCCACUUUAAGGCAGGCAGAAUGCCUAUGGGGGAGAAGCCCUGCCUGGUCAUGGGCCCAUGCCUGCAGUGGUCCACAGGAGCCUGCACCUGGCUUCCAGCCAACAGAAGCAAUCUAUUCCUACCUGUAGUGGAUGCUGCUGGUGCCCUGCCCAGAUGCCCUUUACCGCGGGGAACCCAUCCCCCAGGCGCUGUUUGUUGGUAGCAACUCACAGCUGCCCCUUCUCUGAAGCAUGCUGGGGUCGCUCAGAGAAUAAGAAUCAACUGCUCCAAAAACAUACAUUUUGAAGCAUUGUCCUGAGCCAAAUGGAAGCCACCUCACCCGGGAGGCAAUCCCCACUUCCACUCUUAAUCCUUGCCCCCAUCCUUGGCCCAUGACUAGCACUGCUACGAAAGGCUGUCCUUGCUUCACCUCAAAGCGGAACUAACUCCAUGGGAGAGUUUGGGCUCUAGGAUGUCUCUGUGGGAUCAGACUAAAGCCAAGCCCCAGCCGAGACCACACUGCUGCUUCUUCCCCUGGCCCUAUUCUGCCUCCCUUAUCCCCUUCUCCCAAGAACACUCCCCCAGUAAAUCACUUGAACAGAACCCCCAUCUCAGGCUAAGGAAUCUGCAUAAGAUCCAUCAGGCAUCCUGCUGUGUUGGCUCUCGCUGACAGAGAAAUUUCAUUGGGACUCUUCUUUUCUUCGCUUUCUUUCUCUUUUUCCUUCCCUCUCUCUCUUUCUUUCCUUUCUUUCCUCUCUCUCUCUCUUCUUUUUUUCAGGAUCUUGCUGUAUUGCCCAGGUUGGAGUGCAGUGGUGUUAUCAUGGCUUACUGCAGCCUCGAUCUCCUGGGCUCAAGCAAUUCUCCCACCUCAGCCUCCCAAGUAGCCAGGACCACAGGCAUGUGCUACCAUCAUGCUGGUGGCUCAUCUUUUCUUUUCUUUCUUUUUUUUUUCUUUUCUUUCUUUCUUUCUUUUUUUUUUUUUUUUUGAAAUAGAGCCUCGCUCUGUCACCCAGGCUGCAGUACAGUGGCAUGAUCUUGGUUCACGAUAACCUGUGCCUCCUGGGCUCAAGCAAUUCUCCUGCCUUAGCCUCCCGAGUAGCUGGGACUACGGGCAUGCACCAUCAUGCCCACCUAAUUUUUAUAUUUUUAGUAGAGACUGGGUUUCACCAUGUUGAUCAGGCUGGUCUCGAACUCCUGACCUCAAGUGAUCUGCCCGCCUCAGCCUCCCAAAGUGCUGGGAUUACAGGCGUGAGCCACUGUAUGAGGGCUCAUCUUUUCUAUCAUGGCAAAAUGUAUAUCCUUGGAGCAGUUGGAUUCUUAUUCAGGAUAUGGGGCUGACUGCCCAGUAAAUCAACCCUUGCAGAAUUCACACUGGGUCUUACCCAGGAAGUCAUUCAGAGACACCAUAACCCUGAUGACACAGAGUCUGACCAGAGAACACAGUCCCCAGCAGUAGAGUCCAAGUGGGAGUCCAGAAUCCAUCCUGCCUGUCAUGCAGCCGAUGAGAUGGUCACAUGGGGCAGACACCUCAAGAGCUAGCUCAGAUCUUCCAAAUACUAGCACGCAGCACGGUGGCCCCUGGCUUUACCUCAGGUUGGCCAGCUUCUCAAUAGUUGCUCCCUUUCUGGUACUGGCUGCCCCGUCAUACUCCCCCAUGCAGGACAGGUAGGGGAAACAGUGGCCAAUGCCUACCUCACUGGGUUAUUGUGAGGGUUCCUUGAGAUAGUGCAGGUAAGGCUCUUAUCACAGAGCCUGGCAUCUGCCAAGCUCUUAAGUGUGCCAGCUGGUACCAUUGUUGUCACCAUCUCCUGGAACUACAGGAUCCAUCUCAGGGCCCCUCACACACUGCUCUUCCCCUCCAACCUGGGAGCUCCAGUGCCUCUCCGUUUCCUGAGGUUGGGGUGGUUAAAAAAGCUCUCUGCCCAAGCCCCUGAGUACUACCUUUCCAGCUCUCAUCCCUGUGGGGACCAGCACUGCCCUGGGGAAGGAGACUGAUGGGAACCAACAGGAAAUGCUACAGCUGAGGCUCCCGGCCCAUGAGCUGGCCAGUAUUGAGCUUCUGUGAUGGGUCAGGUCUCCACGGCCACAGAACUGAGGGAAUUGGACGCAGCCCUUGGAAUCAGGAACCUUGCUUCUACAGGUGUAGUGAAAUGGAAAGGAGUGUUUCCAAGUGAGUCAUGGCGUCUGAUUGGCAGGCCCAUCCAGGAACAACAGUGAGAGUACCAGUGAGAGUAGAGUGAAAGACGCAGCCACGCCUUUGACUCCAUGGCAGGACACUAGUGGUGGAAUUCCACCUGGGGGGUAGGGGACGAGAUAUGCUUGGAGAGUUUCAAUGUCUGAAUAUGGGACGUGACAUUCACAGGUGUCCGUUUUUGUUCUACCUAACAAUUGUAUUUAAUUUGUGGUGCCCUACUUGUCAGCACUUCUGUAUGGACCCUGCUGGUCUUUGGUAGAUUUGUUUUCCUGGCUCCUGCCAGGAGGCCUUAAGUCCUCUUCAUGAUUACUCCUGUAAAAAUAUCUGGCUUCGCCCUAAGUCUCAGUGAGGGCCACAUCAGACCACUUCUAUGACAGGGGGAGAAGAUGGAACAAUCAAGGAAUUAUUUUUGCCUGUAUAGCGAAUCGGCUUAUCAACUGUGACUUGAUCAAUAAGGCAAUGGAGAUCCAAAUUAAUAGUCUCCACAGCCCCUGCCAAUAGCUGGAGGAAGUGUACUUUAGAAGGAAGAUAUAGCCUUUAGUAUAAAACCUAUAAUAGACAGGGACAUCACCCCUGAACCCAACAGCAUAACACGAAUUAAGACCCUUGGUUUGCAGAACAUCUUGAUCUGGAUCAAACUGAAAAGGAACUAUCUCAAUUUCUCACUAUAUGAAAAGCUGAUAUGAGGCUGGGCACAGUGGCUCACACUUGUAAUCCCAGCACUUUGGGAGACCGGGGCAGGAGGAUCACUUGAGCCCAGGAGUUCUAGACCUGGGCAACAUGGUAAGACCCUGUCUCUACAAAAUAGGUAAAUAAAUAAAUAUUAGAACAACCGGGAUGAAAUUUUUUAAAAAAGAAAAAAAAAUUAGCUGGCGUAUAGUGCACAUCUGUAGUCCCAACUACUCUGGAGGCUGAGGUGGGAGGAUUGGUGGGAGGUCGAGGCUGUAGUGAGCUGAGAUUGCGCCACUGCACGCCAGCCAGGGAGACAGAGUGAGACCCUGUCUCAAAAAAAUAAAUGAAUAAAUAAAAUGCUAAUACGAGCUGGAGAGGCAAGAGGAAUAGAAGGUAAAAAGAACAACAAGAGAAAUACACUUUUUAAGUACAAUCAAUUAAAUAUUAAAUAUUUGGGAACAGUGAGCUCUGAACUGCUUGGGUAAAAUUCGCCCUGCCUGGUGGCCUUAAGCACUCCUGCAGGUGGGACCCGGCAUCCUAAUUCUACCAGGCCUCUUGUUGCUGCCGUAGAUGAGCCCCAGACUCGGCCUUCUAUUUUGUAUUGGAUGAUGACCACAUGUGCCCAGAUGUUCUCAGUGAGUAGAGUGGGUCAAGGAAUAAACUGUAUCGGAAACCGUUGGAUAAUCAUGCCAAGCAGGCUGGGGGCUUCCAGCGUUUGGGCUACUGGAAUGCUUUCUUCCCCUGGGACCAGCUGAACUAGCUCUGUAGUUGCCAGGAGAGCAGUGUGCUCUAACACUUGGGCUAGUCCGUUCCCACAGGAAAACUAGAAGAGUCACAAGCAAAGAGUAUAAAAGCCCAAGAUAUUUCUGUAGUCUUUGUAUUUAGCUCUAAGUCAUCAAUUUUUUUUUUACAGGGUCUCACUCCUGUCGCCCAGGCUGGAGUGCAGUGGUGUGAUUAUGGUUCACUGCAGCCUUGACUUCCCAGGCUUAAAUGAUCCUCCCACCUCAGCCUCCUGAGUAGCUGGGAUUACAGGUGCUCGCCACCACACCUGCCUAAUUUUUUCUAUUUUUUGUAGAGACAGGGUCUCCCUGUGUUGCCCAGGCUGGUCUUGAAGUCCUGGGCUCAAGCGAUCUACCUGCCUUGGCCUCCCGAAGUGCUAGGAUUAUUGCUACUUUCCAAUAUUUCUACUACAGACUACGGGAAGUCCAUUUUUCAAUGCCAAAUGUAGAAGAAAAAGUUGUAUGGAUGCCCUUUCUGCCAAUCAUCCCAGGUUUAGGAGAGAAGAAUGAUGAGGUCAUGUUCAUGGAACUUGACGAGUGAUGAGCCUCUUUAUUUGUCCAGUGCUUGGAUACACGAAUCGAUGCAAUGAAAGAGACCUCGCAUGUGAAGAGCUAAGAAACGAGUGUGGGCAGAAUCAUGAGAAGAAAAUAAAGAGAUUGCUGAGCAACUCUUCUGACAGUUCUUGUGCUUUUUGAAUGUUUCACUCACUACUUAUAAAAUAACCUAUUACGUCAGAGCCUGGCGAGAAGGGAUCCUCUCCAACUCUUUGACUAAUAAUUCCCUAAAACAGGAGGUGGCCUGCAGAAGAACUAAAACCAGAAAAGUUAGGUGGUUGCCUCUGAGGAAUGGGAUAGAGUUGGAGGGGUGGAGCAGCCCCUUUACUGUCAACCCUUCUGAGCUCUGCUGGAUGGUGAGGGAAAUUAUCUAUGUAUAUUUAUGUGGUCCUCUCCCCACUCUGCCCUGGCCUGGCUCAGCUCUAGGUCUCACUCAGCGGGCGCCUGCGGGUGUGCCGGGCCUCAGAGGCUGUCUCCUUAGGAAACAGGCCACCAAGAAGCCCAAGGACAUGCUGAGGUCCCACAGCUGGAUGGGCACAGCCGGGACACCUGAGGUCCUCCAGCUGUUGGUCUUUCCCUGGGGUCUCCACCCCAAUCUAUCCAGCCUCCCAACUCCCCAGCCUGUGGCUUUUCGCCACAUUCCACCUGAAAAGACCGCUUGGCUUCUGGGGUCUGGGAUCCCUGCUGGCCAUGCCUCCUUGAGAAGAGGAGCAGGGGAGAAGCCCGGAGUCUCCUGGCCUGGAGGAGGGGAGCAGUGUGUCAGGACACCCCGGAUGGGACCUGUGACAGCAAUGACACCUGCCAGCCUGAUGCCGCUUGACUCCCUGCCAGGUACUUCCUAAGCAGGAGCACACUGACUCCUCAUGUGUUCUAUUACCCACCCCCAGAUGAGGCAGCAAAUUAACUUUGGCAGUCAGGAGUGGAGACCUUUGGGCUCCAAGCUCAAGGUCCACCCCAAGACACACAGCCCAUUAAAUCCUUGUUGUAGAGAUUAGGGCCCACAACGAUGUGAAGGUUAUAAGCUGCACUGUCGAGAAUGUUUCGAAGCAAGCGUGGUUGCUGCUGGAUGUGUUGUGUUCCUGGCUUCCCUCUGGAUGCUGACAGAAACAAGGGAAUUUCUGCUGAAGUGACAAGGCAAGCCAGAGCCAAAGCAGGUUGGACCCAGCUUGUCCCCACAGAGACGUGUGCUUCCCUCUCUCUCUGAGAGCGACCUGUUAACCGCAAAUACCUGGAAGGUCUGGGACAUGGAGAACGACCCCUCGAGACGAAGAGAGUCCAUCUCUCUCACACCUGUGGCCAAGGGUCUGGAGAACAUGGGGGCUGAUUUCUUGGAAAGCCUGGAGGAAGGCCAGCUCCCUAGGAGUGACUUGAGCCCCGCAGAGAUCAGGAGCAGCUGGAGCGAGGCGGCGCCGAAGCCCUUCUCCAGAUGGAGGAACCUGCAGCCAGCCCUGAGAGCCAGAAGCUUCUGCAGGGAGCACAUGCAGCUGUUUCGAUGGAUCGGCACAGGCCUGCUCUGCACUGGGCUCGCUGCCUUCCUGCUGGUGGCCUGCCUCCUGGAUUUCCAGAGGGCCCUGGCUCUGUUUGUCCUCACCUGUGUGGUCCUCACCUUCCUGGGCCACCGCCUGCUGAAACGGCUUCUGGGGCCAAAGCUGAGGAGGUUUCUCAAGCCUCAGGGCCAUCCCCGCCUGCUGCUCUGGUUUAAGAGGGGCCUAGCUCUUGCUGCUUUCCUGGGUCUGGUCCUGUGGCUGUCUCUGGACACCUCCCAGCGGCCUGAGCAACUGGUGUCCUUCGCAGGAAUCUGCGUGUUCAUCGCUCUCCUCUUUGCCUGCUCAAAGCAUCAUUGUGCAGUGUCCUGGAGGGCCGUGUCUUGGGGACUUGGACUGCAGUUUGUACUUGGACUCCUCGUCAUCAGAACAGAACCAGGAUUCAUUGCGUUCGAGUGGCUGGGCGAGCAGAUCCGGAUCUUCCUGAGCUACACGAAGGCCGGCUCCAGCUUCGUGUUUGGGGAGGCGCUGGUCAAGGAUGUCUUUGCCUUUCAGGUUCUGCCCAUCAUUGUCUUUUUCAGCUGUGUCAUAUCCAUUCUCUACCACGUGGGCCUCAUGCAGUGGGUGAUCCUGAAGAUUGCCUGGCUGAUGCAAGUCACCAUGGGCACCACAGCCACUGAGACCCUGAGUGUGGCUGGAAACAUCUUUGUGAGCCAGACCGAGGCUCCAUUACUGAUCCGGCCCUACUUGGCAGACAUGACACUCUCUGAAGUCCACGUUGUCAUGACCGGAGGUUACGCCACCAUUGCUGGCAGCCUGCUGGGUGCCUACAUCUCCUUUGGGAUCGAUGCCACCUCGUUGAUUGCAGCCUCUGUGAUGGCUGCCCCUUGUGCUUUGGCCCUCUCCAAGCUGGUCUACCCGGAGGUGGAGGAGUCCAAGUUUAGGAGGGAGGAAGGAGUGAAACUGACCUAUGGAGAUGCUCAGAACCUCAUAGAAGCAGCCAGCACUGGGGCCGCCAUCUCCGUGAAGGUGGUCGCCAACAUCGCUGCCAACCUGAUUGCAUUCCUGGCUGUGCUGGACUUUAUCAAUGCUGCCCUCUCCUGGCUGGGAGACAUGGUGGACGUCCAAGGGCUCAGCUUCCAGCUCAUCUGCUCCUACAUCCUGCGGCCUGUAGCCUUCUUGAUGGGUGUGGCGUGGGAGGACUGCCCAGUGGUAGCUGAGCUGCUGGGGAUCAAGCUGUUUCUGAACGAGUUUGUGGCCUAUCAAGACCUCUCCAAGUACAAGCAACGCCGCCUGGCAGGGGCCGAGGAGUGGGUCGGCGACAGGAAGCAGUGGAUCUCCAGACGAGGUCUUGCUAUGUUGACCAGGCUGGUCUUGAACUCCUGGCCUUAAAUGAUCCUACUGCCUUGGCUUCCCAAAGUGCUGGGAUUACAGGUAUGAGCCACUUUGCCUGGCUGAGAGAUAAAUCUUGAUGGUCGUAAGACACUAAGAUUCCGAGACUGUUACGGCAGCAUCAUUUAAUGACAGUUAAUUAAUACAGCAGCAGUUUAAGGUGGUCCAAGUACUCCAAGAUGUUGGGUGAGAGAAGCUCAUGCCAGGUAAAGUCACUAACUAGGUGAGACAGCCAGGAAGAGUUUGGGAUUCACAACGGCAGUACCUACGACAAAGAUACUGCCCUUCAUCAAACCACUGGGGCAAGAUGAUUCAUUGAAAUGUUACCCUGUGCUCAUUUGGUUUACAUUUGCUCCUCCCCUGGCUCUUUCAAGCAGAGAGUGAGUCCCUUGGUGUUUCCUUGCCUUGGGUAUUUCUGGUGGUCAGAGCAUAAAAGCUAUCGGAAGUUGGUGGGUCUUUCUGUCUUUUGCAAUAAUCUUGACCUAAAUUUUUAAAAAAAUUUCUUAAUUAUUUUUAGAGACAGGGUCUCACUCUGCCACCCAGGCUGGAGUGCAAUGGUGUGAUCAUAGCUCACUGAAGCCUCCAACUCCUGGGCUCAGGUGAUCCUCCCGCCUAAGCCUCCAGAGUAGCUGAGACUACAAGUGCUCACCACCAUGCCCGGCUAAUUUUUCUUUUUUGUAGAGACAGAGAUCUCGCUAUGUUGCCCAGGCUUGUCUCGAACUCCUGGCCUCAAGUGAUCUUCCCUUCUCAGCCUCUCAAAGUAUUAGGAUUAUAGGUGUGAGCCACUGCACCCAGCCUUCCUUGACUCUUUAUAGAGACUCUGUAAGGUGUCCUGAAAAGAGAAGAAAGAAAGGGUGGGCCUAUGAUUUUUUGUUUUUUGAGAUAGAGUCUUGCUCCGUCGCCCAGGCUGGAGUGUGGUGACAUGAUCAGGGCUCACUGCAACCUCCAUCUCCUGGGCUUGGGUGAUCCUUCCACCUCAGCCUCUGGAGUAGCUGGAACUAUAGGUGCAUGCCACCAUGCCUGGCCAAAGUUUUGUAUUUUUAGUAGAGAUGGGGUUUCACCAUGUUGCCCAGGCUGGUCUCAAACUCCUAGUGCUGGGAUUACAGAUGUGAGUCCCUGCACCAGGCCAAGGGUGGGCCUUUGAGAGCAGGAAGAAGGGAGAGGAAAAGAUUUUUACCCCAGAAGGGAAAGGGGCAGAGUGUGACUAGGGCUGGGGGAAGGGAGGAAAGGUCUCAAACCUUGACUCUAGGCAGUGUCCAAAGGUGACAAGGCCUUAGAGGACAUGGCUGCCUGGUACACUCAGGGAGAGUGGACUUGAGCACAGAGCUUUCGCCCCUCCCUCACAAUUCCCACAUUCCAAGGGUGACUCCAAAUCAGCAGAGCCACCAAGCCUGAGGUGCCACAAGGCUGGGAUGAUGGAUGUUCUGCAUUUGCUAGUGUGACCAGUGGAGCCAGCCUGAGGCCUCAGCACUGCCUAAGACCCUGGGACCUUGGCAAAAUCUUGAGAAUGGGGGAGGGAGACUCAACGAUAUGCCUGAGAUUGAAUUUCUUGCCAGCUCAGUGGGAUAGUGGCUUAGAGUCAGAUUUAAAUUGAAUUAGAAAAAAUCAAGAAGCAGGCCAAACCACUCCAGCCUUGCAAUCCCUCAGGCUAUCCCUAGCCACACCCCUUACUCUCAUGCUCACCAGCAAGCAGUGGCUACCACCACUGGAUGCCCCAUGUGACCCAUAGCUGAGGGUCUUUAUACACCCUCUCCCCAGGAGUGGGCAUCCACUUGUGUUUCCCUGGACAGGGAGCUUCCAAUCUUCCAUCCUGAGGUCCUGCUAGAAUGGGCUGUUAGAAUAUUCCUUCACUAGAUAGAGGGGUGGGGAAGCAGGAGUCCAGUUUCAGAAGCAGGGAAGGGACUACAGUCAUAGCGAGUGGUGGACAUGUGGCGGAGGGUGGGACACCCUUUCACAAAGUGGCCCAUCACACCACAACACAGUAUGGGGCAGGGCUGGCUUCUCUUCAGCUCUGGCAUGGCCAGGGAGGGUACCUACCUGGGGUCCAGCUGCACCCUGAGCCUGUCUAUCAGCCAUUGUACACCAGGCCAGUCCAUGAUGGGGUUCACCCAGGAUGAGACCUGGACAGCAGCUGAGCCAUGCAGGGCACGUGGGUGGUUAAGAGGCAGAUGGUCCAGUUGGUUCUUUCAGGCAAUGUGCCAGCUCCUCAUCGUGGCUCACGAGGAUGCUUGGAUCCAGCCCCUGAUGACCCCCUAUUUCACCUCUAGCCAUUUCCUAGCACAGCCCCUCCCCUGUCCUAGCUCCAGCCUCACUGAGCUGCUUUCAGUCCCUUGAAGGAGUUGCACUCUCCUUCCUCUCGGCUCUUCCACAGGCUGCUCCAGACGCUUGACCACUCCUUUCUUUCAUGUACCUAACUCCUACUCAUCCCUCAGGACCCAAUGUGGCUGUCUUCUCUAGGAAGCCAUCUGAACUUAUAAGUUGAGUUAGGAGUCUGUUCUGGACCUCCCACAGCACCCUGAUUCUCCUGUCUUGGCCCCUGUCAUACCUUGUGAAGUCUUGUUUAAUCAUCUAUCUCAUACGUGUCAGUAUGCUUCUGGGGGAAGGAAAUGUGUCCAUCUUGUUUAAAACAGUAUCUUUAGGGCUUGAUGUCUAGUGAGGGAGGAAGGGAAGGGGAAGGAAAUGAUAAGGGCAUGGGAAGGAAGGAUAGAAGGAAGGAGGGAAGGAAGAAGAAAAGAAGAGAAACAGGGAAGGAGGCAAGGAAGACGUUGAAGGAAGAUUGCCCACUCCUUUCAGGGCGCUCACUGCCCCAACAGAUCUUCCCAGCAGGAGCAGCUGCACAGAGAUCACCUAUUCCUUCCUCUCACUCAGUAGGAGACAUGCUCUUUAUUGGUUAGAAUGAUUGACAUUACCCAAUAUCAAUUGCAAGUAACAGUGCAUUCAAUAGAAAAUGGUUUACAUGAUGUGAGAUUUUUAAUAUCUCACAUAGUAGCAACUCCAGGGGUAAGUGGCUCCAGGAUUAAUCCAGGCAUCAAUGAUGGUAUCAGGGACCCUGGCUCUUGCCACCUCUCUGCUCUGUUAUUUUGGUUUUAUCCUUGGAUUGACCCCUUGUGGUCACAAGAUGGCUGCUGAAGUUCUGGACAUUACACCCAGACAGGGCCAUGACUAGUAGAAAAGGCUUUUCCUCCCAUGCAUUCAUUAGAUGGGAAGAAUCUUUCCACAGAAGCCCCCAGCAGAUAUUUCUUUCUAUCCUGGGAUUAAGCCAGAGGCCCAUGCUGUAGCUGCAAGGGAGGCUGGAAAAGCAAGUGCGUCUGCAGCUGGAGGCAGACUGCCAACAUAGGAGCAGGAGGGGAUGAUUGAUGCUUCCCUCUUUUUCUUACCUGUAAGGCUUGAGACUUCCUUGCCUUUGAAGAUCCUCAGUGUGAAAUCCCAGUGCUUGGACCUUGAUAUGGUUUGGCUGUGUCCCCACCCAAAUCUCAUCUUGAAUUGUAGUUCCCAUAAUCCCACGUGUCACGGGAGGGACCUGGUGGAAGGUAAUUGAGUAUUAGGGGUGGUUACCCCCAUGCUGUUCUCAUGAUAGUGAGUUGAGUGAGUUCUCACAAAAUCUGAUGGUUUUUUAGAGGGCUUUUCCCCCUUUGCUUGGCACUUCUCCUUCCUCCCACUAUGUACAGAAAAAUGUGUUUGCUUCCCCUCCUGCCAUGAUUGUAAGUUUCCUGAGGCCUCCCCAGCCCUGCAGAACUGUGAGUCAAUUAAACCUCUUUCCUUUAUAAAUUACCCAGUGUCAAGUAUUUCUUCAUAGCAGUAUGAGAAUGGACUAAUACAGACCUGCAUGGCAGUUUUUUGGGGGCAAUACAUGGAAGUCUCCUCUCUGGAUUUAGGCUGGAGACUGCUUGUUGAUUCCAAUAGCAAUUUUCCCUUCUUUUCUCAUAAGUGUAUAGUUGGAUAUAUGGCCACCCAGAAUAAAAUCAACAUGUCCUGGCCUCCUUUGCAGUGGAUGGGGGCACAUAACUAAGUUUUGGCCAAUGAGAUGAAAGCAAUAUGCUAUAUAACUUCCAAAGUAUACCUAAGAGAGGGGCCAUGCACUUCUUCUAGGAUGACCAACUUGUCCUGGUUUGCCUGAGACUUUACUGGUUUUAGCACUAAGAGUCCUGUAUCCUACGAAAUCUCUCAGUCCUGGGCAAGCCAGGAUAGUUGGUCACAUUCUCCAUCCCUUCCUCUUUCCUUCUGGCUAGAAUGUAAGUGUGAUAGAGGCCAUUGUGGAGCCCCAAGUGGAAGCCACACACUGAGGAUCUCACAAGAUUAGGCUGUUAAGCUGGAGGGAGGCAGGGGGGGAAAAAUAUUAGGCUGCUGGAAUGGUGCAGGCACACUGAUUUUAGGUUACUCAAAUUGUUUCUAUAGAGAGGGGUCCUGAGCCUAGAUCUCUGAUUAAUCCCUUUAGGUGUCAGUGAUCUGAGAGAAAAACAAACUUCUAUGUUGUUGGUAUUUUUUAAAUGUAAUUUUAUUCAUUUAUUUAUUUUUGAGACAGAGUCUUGCUCUGUCACCCACACUGAAGUGCAGUGGUGCAGUCUUGGCUCCCUGCAACCUCCACCUCCCAGGUUGAAGUGAUUCUUCUGCCUCAGCCGCCUGAGUAGCUGGGAUUACAGAUGCCCACCACCAUGCCCAGCUAAUUUUUCUAUUUUUAGUUUCACCAUGUUGGCCAGGCUGGUCUUGAACUCCUGACCUCAAGUGAUCUGCCCGCCUCAGCCUCCCAAAGUGCUGGGAUUACAGGUGUGAGCCACUGUGCCCAGCUUAUUUAUUUUUUCUUUAGAGUCAAAGUCUUGCUCUGUCACUCAGGCUGGUGUGUGCAAUGGCAUGAUCACAGGUCACUGCAGCCUCGAACUUCUGGGCUCAAGCAAUCCUUCUGGGGGUCUUGCUAUGUUGCCUAGGCUGGUCUUGAGCUCCUGGUUUCAAGCAAUCCACCUGAAUUAGUCUGUUUUCAUGCUGCUGUUAAAGACUUACCUGAGACUGGGCAAUUUACAAAAGAAAGAGGUUUAAAGGACUUACAGUUCAUAUGGCUGGGGAGGCCUCACAAUCAUGGCAGAAGGUGAAAGGCACAUCUCACAUGGCAGCAGACAAGAGAAGAGAGCUUGUGCAGGGAAACUCUCCUUUCUAAAACCAUCAGAUCAUGUCUUAUUCACUAUCACAAGAACAGCACAGGAAAGAACUGCCCCAUGAUUCAAUUACCUCCCACCAGGUCCCUCCCACGACAUGUGGGAAUUCAAGAUGAGAUUUGGGUGGGGACACAGCCAAACCAUAUCACCACCUGUCUCAACCUCCUGAGUACCUGGGACUACAGGAACAUGCCACCAUGCCCAGCUAAGUUUUUAAUGUUUUUUUGUUUUGUUUUUUUUUUAAAGAGAUGGGGGGUCUUGCUAUGUUGCCCAGGUUGGUCUUGAACUGCUAGUUUCAACUGAUCCUCCUGCCUCAGCCUCCUGAGUAGCUGGGAUUAUAGGCAUGAGCCACCAUACCCAGCCCUUCUAUGUCAUUUUAGCUUCUGUUAUUUUGGAUUAUCUAUGACCUGCAGCUGCAGCAAAUCCUAACAGAUAGAGAAACAGGUCUAAAGCCUUGGAGGAUGCUGGGGUAUUGGAGAUCCGCUUUGUUACGUUGCUACUUGUGCACAUUGGGGAGCAGGUGUUAGUCCUGAAAAGUUAAAAUGUUUUCCACACAGGUGCUUCAGGGGCUGCCUUGGGGGAUGAGUGGCUGACAUUAUGGUAAACUUUCUACCCCCCACCUCACCAAAGGCUUCAGCUGGAGUGGUUCCUGCUCUCGCUUCCUUUAGCAAAAGGGUUUCCUUCCUAAAAAACAAUUUGAAAGCCACUGGUUCUUAAAGGAACAGUGAUGGCCUGACCCCCUGUCAUGCUCUGACCCUCCCCUCCCAGCUAUUUUGCCACUUCUUGCCAAUUUACAUAUGAACUGCACAAAUUCAUUCAGACACAGACAUAAUAGUGAACUUAGAAACCCAAAAGAAACAGGAAGUUAAAUCCUAGAAAAAGUUGCAUCAGCCUAAAUCCCUAGAAGAGACUUGGCAGCAGACGUUGUCCCUUGUAGCAGCCCCGUAUGGGACUUGCUGCUACAGGGACCUCUGGGGGCCAUCACCUUGGAAAGGGAACCUACGAGGCCCUGGGGUGUUGCAUUAUGUCCCAGGUGACUGUUGUUUCUAAGAAAGUGUCGCUGUUCCUGGAAAUACUGGCUUCAGGUGCACCUGUGCAACCCAGGAACUGUCUGGGUUUGUGGGUGUGUCUGAGGGUAGACUGCCAGGCCAGGGAAUGAAUAUGCAGGCAGGGUUAGGGACAGACGCACUAGAUGCACUUCAGAGGCUGGGGCAAAAGAAGGGCUCAGAUUUAGUGAAUCUUGGAGUCAGGAUUUCCUAUCUGGUCCACUGUUGGUUGGUAUGGAAGAUACAAGCAGAGCCCUGUACUUGAGGAAUCACUGGGGACCAAGACACCCAGGACAAGGGGCAUAGUUUAGGGGAUUUCUGAAGCCUGUACAGGUAAGCAGGGCUGGGCUAUCUCUCCCAAACUCAUCUGGCUAGAACCCAUCUGGCCCAUCUAACCCUUGAAGAGAGGCCUUGUUUUUUCCCAUCUCUGCCACUUCCUGGUUGAGCCUCAGUUUCCUCUUCUGCAGUAUGGGGUAAUAAUAAAGCUUGCUUGAUGGGUGUUGUGAGGGUGGGAUGCAAAAAUUCAGUCUGAUGCCUGGUUUGGUGUGGCUUAGCUGGUUGUUCUGGCUCAGGGUCUCUCACGCUGCAGUCAUCUGAAGGCCUGACUGGGGCUGGAAGAUCUACUUCCAAGAUGGCUCACUCACAAGGCUGUUGACAGAGGCCUCAGCUCCUCUCUACAUGGGCCUCUCCUUAGAGCUGCUUAAAUGUCUUCAUGACAUGGCAGCUGGCUUCCUCCACAAUGAGUGGCCCAAGGGAGAGAACAAAGUGGAAGCCACAAUGUCUUUUAUGGCCUAGCCUUGAAAGUCACAUGCUGUCACUUCUGCAGUCUCCUAUUGGUUACACGAGCCAACACUUUCUAACAUGGGAGGCAAGGCUACCAGGAGGUAGGCAGCAUUGGUGCCAUCUUGGAGGCUGCUACCACAGUGACCUAAUUGAGCUGUGGAACCAAUCUUGAGAACGAUCUGUUGCCUUCUUGUUAAGUGAUGUAAGAAGUCCUGCUGUUAUGUUACUUGUAACUGAGAACAUUCUGAUAUCUCAUCCCCAAAGUUCUUUUUCUUGGUUAAGGUAGCCAGAGUCAGAUUGUGUGACUUACAACCAAAGCCCCUGACUGAUCCCAGAGAGUAAGCCCAGCCCAUCAGCCCGGGUAAGGGGAGAGGGAAAGGAGGAUCCUGAGCUGGGGCACCCUCUGGGACACUCACUUUGAACCUCAAAAACCUGACCUGGUCUUCUAGGAUCCAAGAACAGGCACUGUGAAGGGAGAGAAAACGUGGCUUUUAUAUGCACAAAUGGUCAUGGUUAGUUAAAAAGAAAAAGAAAAAUGCUUGUAUAGUAAUGAUAUGACUCUGGUUCUGCCAGCUUCUACAGCUGGCUCUGUGGCUGAGUCUCUGUGGAAGGACAGAAUCCUUCUCCUUUCUGAUUCCCUGCUUAACUUUGGUAUUGGACUAGUUCCAGCAGAGAUUCCUAGCAACCAGGAGAAUUGCUGAGGUUGCCACCAUGGGCCAGGAGAGCACUGAAUUUAUACAAGUCAGGUCUCCUACCAAAGAUAGGCCAGAAAAUCAGGAUUCACUGAGUCCUCCAUCGCCUUCAUGUGGGCCCUGGCAAGCCUUCACGCUGCAGAAGGAAGAGAAGCCUAUGUGAACUCAGCCCUCUCUGAUCUUCUGGAUCAGCUGCAGCUGGGAGCACAGUGGCUGGGUUGUCCACAGAUGCUGGCAGCACCAUUGCUGCCAGGCCUGGUAAUUAUGUGCUGGGAAAGAGAGCACCCUGCCCCCCCACUCGGACUUCUGUAAUUUGCUGGAUCCCAAGAGCACACAUGUAGGGGGCAGACUGCAGGGUCCCAAGCACAACAUGCAGAGGGGCAGGCUGCAGGAAAUGACCCAGGGUCAUCUUCAUCCAAUACUGUAAUCUUUUGCAUCUGUGAGAAGCUGUAGGCGGGUGAGACACUGAAGCAUUUCUUAGAAACAAUAACUAUUUAGCAAUAAUCUCCAUCGCUAUAUAAAGGGCUUGGGCAAAGGGGUGUAGUGGGAGAGAAUGCAGUAGCCCAGGGGUCCUGGCUAUGCCACACAUGUAUGGCAUAGCCUUCAACUAUUUCGCUCUUGUCGAGCCUUGAUUUCUUUCUUUGAAAACAGAAGAAGUUGAAUCACAAAAUGUUACAUGUAAUAAGGACAGAGGGAUUUGACUAAUGGCCUAAUAUGUAAAGUACAAUGCUUCUGGCUGCAAGUAACAGAGGACCUAACUAGAAAUAGCUUAAACAACAAAGAUGUAUUACACCACGUAGCAAAGAGUUCAAAUGUUGGAUGGUUCUAGGGUUGGGGAAUUUCAGCAGCUCUGUGAUUACACUUGGGACAGGGACGCAGGUUCUUUCCAUCUUUCCAUUCUGCCAUCCCCAGGUGCUAGUAGCUUUGCUCAUGGAUAGCUGAAACAGCUCCAGGUAUUGCUUUCUCAGUCAUUCCAGAGGCAGAAAAUGGUUAGGUAUCUUUCUCGAGUCUCUUUUUUAGAAGGAAGGAAACUUUCUCAGAAGCCCCUCUCCACACCAUCUUCCAAGACCACCCCAUACAUCUCAUUGGCCAUGGUUGUGUCACAUGCCCGUGACUAACCAAUCUCUCACAUGUGGAAAGGAGUGACCACAGUUGGUUGAAACCAAUCAACCUUGACCCUUUGUGCAUGGGAAGGGUCUAUACAGGACAGGAAGAAAAGUGGGAAGUAGGUGAGGGGGGAAUGGAUGUUGGUUGGACAGAAAACAAACUGUGUCUUUUAUGGCUCAGCUCCUCCCCUCACAGAUGGGGACCUGAGCUUGAGUGAGAUCUCCUCAAGUCAAGUCCCACAGGACUUGGUGGCAGUCAGGGGGUAAAUUUGGUUCUCACCUUUUGCUUAUGGCCUAGAGCAACUCGAGCGUGGAACUAAGAAUCUGAUUCUCCGUGAAAACUUUUCCUUCUAAAAUCAUCUUAAGGGUCAGGCACAAUGGCUCAUAUCUAUAAUCCCAACACUUUGGGAGGGAGAGGCAGGAGGAUUGCUUGAACCCAGGAGUUUUAGACCAGCCUGGGCAACAUGGUGAGACCUCAUAUCUACAAAUAAAUAAAUAAAUAAAAUAAAAUAAAAUAAAAUAAAAUCACCUUAAGUCCAUGGCCAGUCUGAGAUGUAAUUUUCAGAGCUGACUCAAGCCUUUGACGUCUGUUAUGCCUCCAGCCACAGUGGAAUGCCAAUGAGAAGUUCAAGGGCACAGUGGGCAAGUGCCCUCCAGGCCGGCUGCAGGUUCAAAUGCCAUCACUGCCUUAUCUGCUGUUUGUUGAUCUCAGCAAACUAUUCUGGCAGCAGCUGGCAGUGAUACCAUCUGCAAAUGACAGUAGCAACCCCUAUUAGGCAUCCCUGUCAAUGAAAUUGUAUCAGUCAGUGGCCAGCCAGGAAAAUGGAAACCACAGAGAUAUUUCAAGUUUUAAUGAAGAGGAUUGGUUACAAAGCUGUUGAAAGAGCUAGAGAACAAAAAUAUGGUAAGGGGUGCCAUAGUCUGAAUGUUUGUCCCCCUCAAACCUCAUGUCGAAAUUUGAUCCCCCGUGUUGGAGGUGGGACUGAAAAGGAGGUGUUUUAGUCACAGGGAAAGAUCCCUCAUGAAUGUGUUGGUGCCGUCCUCAUCCUCAAUGAGCGAGCUCUUGCUUUAUUAGAGUGUUCUCACAAGAGCUGGUUAAAAAGAGCCUGGUCCCUCCCCAUCUCUCUUACUCCCUCUCUCACCAUGUGAUCUGCACACACCGGUUCUCCUUCCCCUUCCACCAUGAGAGGAAGCAGCCUGUGGCCCUCACCAGAACCAGAUGCUGGUGCCAUGCUUCUUGUACAGCCUGCAGAAUGUACACCAAAUAUACCCCACCCCUCUCCUCCCCUCCCUUGUUCUUCUCUUCUUCUUUUUGACAGGGUGUCACUCUGUCACCCAGGCUGGAGUACACUGGCACGAUCUCAGCUCACUGCAACCUCCACCUCCCAGGCUCAAGCGAUCCUCCCACUUCAGCCCCUCAAGUAGCUGGGACGCCAGGCACGUGCCUCCGUACCCGGCUAAUUUUUGUAUUUUUAUAGAGACGGGGUUUCAUCAUGUUGCCCAGGCUGGUGUCGAACUUCUGGGCUCAAUCAUCCUGCCUCAGCUUCCCAAAGUGCUGGGAUUACAGGCAUGAGCCACCAUACCCAGCCCUCUUUUCUUUAUAAAUUAUCCAGCUUCAGGUAUUCUUUUACAGCAAUACAAAUGGACUAAGACAUGGAUGUUUCCCAGGGAUUAGGAAGCUGCUUUAUUCCAGGCACCCAUACAUGUCAUUGCUGAGCUGCUAGAGGGGCUGCCCCCACCCUACACAAUAAUCCAGCCCCUAAUCCAGCCAGAACCACUGGCACUGCCAGAGCCAGAAUGGCUUUUCCCUUCCUCCAGCCUUCUCAUCUCUUCAGUACUUCCACUGGCCAGACCCAAUUAAAAACCAACUGGUUGGAGGACAGGGAUGGAAAGAAAUGGAUUGAGGCCCCAACAGAUCAUAUGUGGAACAGAAACAUGUGAGAUGAUGAUCAAUAGCAUAGAUUUCAGACUCAGAGAGGCCUGGGUUUGGGUCUUUACCCUGUGACCUUGGGCAAGUCACCUCCCUGGUGUAAGACUUAGUUUACUCAUCUAUAAAAUAGGAAUGAUGAUAUACCCAUUUCAGAGUAUUGUUGUAAAGGCUCAAGAAGAAAAUUAUUAUAAAGGACUUUAGCAGUGUCCAGCAUCUUAGAAGGGGCUAAACAAAUGUCAGCUGCAAUUGUGUUCAUUACCAUCUUCAUCAUUAUCAUCAUCACCUUCACAAUAAUCUCAAUACUUCUAGCCACAGCCUUUGCAACAAGCUCCUAGGCCCCCUUGCAUCAGGGUUCCACUGUACCCUUCUAGGGGUAGCCAGGGCUUUCACAGAACUUUUACUAAGACUCCUUUGGACUUCCAAGACAUUCUCCAAUUUCCACGGAGCUACAUUGGUAGCUAUGCUUCUAUUCUCCCAACUGAGAAAAUGUGAAAUAACAAAUGCCCCCAUGAAUUCAAUAACACCUUUGAAUGACCACGUAAUUUACCAAACACAAAGGUGUAUACACACAUUUGAAAAAUAGAUCUCUCUUUUUCUGUGGGAGGGGUUAUUUUUCUUGUCAGCCAAUGAUGAGGAUGAAUGGACUCCUCCCAGGAGCCUCCUCUCUGACCUGGGGCUACCUCCUUCACACUUAGAGCCUGUCUGCUUGAGUGUGGACUCGUAUUACUCCAAGGCUAAGGACCAAAGUCCUUGUCAUGGCUGACAAGGCCCUGCACGGUCUGACUUUAUGCCUUGUCCACCUCUUCCACCUCAUUUUUCCACUUAGCCCCUUGUUUUCUGUUCUUAGCUAUCCUGGCCCUCUUUCAGUCCCUGAAUAUGCCCUGCUCCUUCCUCCCAUUUCAAGGCCUUUGUACUUUCUUUUACCUCUGCCUGGAAUGUUCUUUCCCAUAUUUUUUAAUCUCAUUACUUCAGACUUAUCCCCCUAGUCCAGGUGGGAUAUUUUUGGUUGCAAGAGACUAACAACCAGACCCAAAGUGACUUAAGCAAACGCAGAAAUUAAAAGUCCAAGCAUAGUUAGUUCUGACUUCAGGUAUGUCUCUAUCAGGGGCUCAACCAUUGACAUCAACACCCAUUAACUCUAGAUUGGCUCAUGUGUCCAUCUCCAAGCCAAUUGCCAUGGCCAGGGAAGCGGCACAUGCUAAAUAUCCCACUCAUGAGUUGAAGAAAAAUCAGAUACAGUUCUAAGAAGGAUGAGUGGGUGCUGGGCAUGGAGACAGUGAUCCACUCAUGUCUUACUCAGUUCAGGGAAGUGCUCUUGGUGCUCACGCUCCACCCUCCAAGAUUAAGUCAGUCCCUACUGCGAUACACACUCAGAGCUUCCUAUACAUCACAGCACUCAUCAUCUUGUAAUUACACGCUCGUGUAGUUGCAUGAUGUCUGCUUCCUGCACCAGAUUAUGAGCUCCAUGAAGUCAGGGGCUGUUUUGUCAUCACUGUAUUCUCAGUGAUGAAAAAGGCAUUCAAUAAAGAGUACGCAUUUUAAGAGAUUCAUCUGCGACCCUGGGUGUGACUAGGCCCAGCUUACUGCCUUGACUUUUCCAGCCGCACCGCCAUUAAGGUCAGAAUCUUCCCCUCCACAGUCUUCUCUUCAAGCAGGCUUGGGGACGCUUACACAGGACACAUCUCCCCUGACAAGAGAAUGACAAUUUUCCCAUGGGACCUGGCAGGCCUGUGUCCUAGAACUUGGAGUGAAUGAUUCAGGCCAGCAGAGGGGACUUGAAUCAGGAGGGGAGCCAGGGAGAAAAGGAGGGUGACUUUGGAUUAAGAACUUUAAAAAGAGUGAUUCACGAUCGUUGCGGCUGACAUUUAAAAAGCCUCACAUACUUUUGGUAACCAGUGUGCUGCUUUGCAUUUUGCCUCACAUUUACCCUGGGAAUGAAGCAGCCCUCAGUUGCUCUGGGGUAGAUCGUAUUUCGUUUUCUGCUUCUCAAGUAUCGGUGAUGUUUGGCUCCUCAGUUUCCCAUAUUUAACUUAUUGCCAAAGCUUAUUUUCAUGGGAGCUCUUGCACAGUGGAGACAUUCUGGGCUUUGGUGUCAGGCAGGCCACGGUUGGCAACCCGACUUUGCCAUCUGCUGCAUGACCAAGGACAAAUUACUUAACCUCUCUGUCUCCAUUUCCUCUCCAAUCAAGUAACGAUGCUAAUGCCAACCUGGCAGGGGUUUGGGGAGGUGUAAAUGGGGAUGAUUCUAUGCAACCUCCAGCUUUAGCCAAAGCUAUGGUGGGAUUGUGGAAGGCAGGGGGAGAAGCAUGUCUUGUGUGAGGGAGGAGAAUGGGGAAGCCAGCAGGGCUCAGGUUUUGCUCUGUCCUACCCUGGUGCAAGUGUUAGUCUGAGUCCUCAAGAGAAAGUCCUGGGCUCCUUGUCCAGAUAUGGAUUCUGUAAGACACAGGGCACAAAUGGUGUAGCUUUAGGAUGCAGGAGACAGUGUGGAAUGCUCGGUGUGUUGGGGAGUCGGGGAUUGUGAGGGAGGUCUUGGAAAAACCAAGACUCGGUUCCCUGGACGUGUGCUAUUUCCCCACUGAGGCCUGAAACCCAGAGAAACUUCUGGGGCCUCAGCCUUUCCCAUACCAGGAGUCAGUGCCUGGGGCCCAGCCAUUAACAAGGUACAGGGCAUCAGGGUAGGGAUAGUGAUGGGGUGAUCUCACUACCUCCCCUUUGACACCCCCAGAUAUAACAGGGUGAAACCUUGUUGGAGGCUGGAGGCCUGUGUUAAGUAGAUAGAGGAAGAACCAGAAAAAUGUGGGUUCUGACUACUCCAGUAAUCCCAGAUGAGGCCUGGGUGACUUAGGUUCCAUAUGAGGGUCAACAUAGUACUCAGCACUUACCGUGAUUUUUGUUAUUUUAUUUCCCAAUUGAGUAUUUCUAGAAUACAGUAGCAGUGACACAUACUUUUUUACUUCAAAUCUGGCCACUUUAGAGAACUCUUUCAUCUUAAUGACUUUUGAGUUGAUUCCCAGGCAUCUUUGACAUAAAGUCAUGUCACCUGCAACUAAUGAUGUUAUCUCCAGUCCCAACAUCUGCGUUCCAGUUUCUAAGUCAUGUCUUAUUGCACUUCUCAGAACAUCUCGACAACAUUAGAUAAUAGCAGCGAUGGUUGUUGCCCCUCAUUUUAUUUCUAGUUCCAUUAGUUAUGUUCCAGUAAAGUGUUUCUUGCUCUUAGGAUACUCAAAAGUACACCUGCCAAGUCCCAGCCCUGAGGAGUGUUUUUGUGCUUCAUUGUUAAGUAUCUUGGAGGCUCUCAGCUGGAAAUAAAUGCCCUUCAUUUAUUAAAGAAGCAUCCUUACAUUUUUAAGAGUCUUUGAAAAGAAUGAGUUUUGUGUUUUAUUAAGGACAUCAGCUCUGGUUCUAAAACAAAACAAAACAAACCAACCUGUGUCUUUAUCUGUAAAAUGAGCUAAGAGGUAUGGAGGAGCAGCAAAGGUAAUAGUAACCACUUCACAGACAUGUUGAGGGUUAAAUGAGCUAACACGUGCCAAGUGCCUGGCAGGGAGUCCAGCAGCAUCAGGCUGGCAGGUGUCAUCGCUGUCACAGGUCCCAUCCGGGGCUGUCCUGACACACUGCUCCCCUCCUCCAUGCUAGGAGGCCCCAGGCUUCUCCCUUGCUCCUCCCCUAAAAUGACAUGGCCAGCAGGGAUCCCAGGGGCCAUUAGCCAAGUGCUCUUUUGGAAUUUGGCUGAAAGCCACAGGCUGGGCAGUUGGGAGGCUGGAUAGACUGGGAUGAAGACCCCCAGGGAAAGGCCAAAAGCUGGAGGACCUUGGGUGUCCUGGCUGUGCCCAUCCAGCUGUGGGACCUCAGCAUGUCCCUGGGCCCCUGGGCAGCCUGUUUCCUGAGGAGAUAGUCUCUGAGGCCUGGCCUACCUGCUGGGACCCGCUGAGUGAGACGCAAGGCUGAGCUGGCCCAGAGCACAGUGGGGAGAGGACUCUUGUUAUAUAAUAGAUAACGACAUGGCUUGCUUGAGCAGAUCCUGUGAAUUUCUCCAGAGCCACCAUAUUACUCCCACACACUCCCACACUGCUUCUCUCCUCUACAUGCACCUAAAUGGUGUGCUUUUUAGGGGGACGGGAAUGGGCAGGACUAGCUGAAUAAUGUGUGGGACCCAUUGCAAAAUGAAGUGUGUGGGGGCCCUUUGUUCACCAGUGAUUAAUAAUUUCAGGCAGGGCGCCAUGGCUCACGCCUAUAAUCCCUGCACUUUGGGAGGCUGAGGUGGGAGGAUUGCUUGAGGCCAGGAGUUUGAGACCAGCCUGGACAACAUAGUGAGACCUCAUGUCUAUUUUUUAAAAAAAUUUGGCUGGGCACGGUGGCUCAUGCCUGUAAUCCUAGCACUCUGGGAGGCCGAGGCGGGUGGAUCACCUGAGGUCAGGAGUUCAAGACCAGCCUGACCAGUAUGGUGAUACCCCAUCUCUACUAAAAAUACAAAAAUUAGCUGGGCGUGAUGGCACACAUGCCUGUUAUCCCAGCUACUCAGGAGGCUGAGGCAGGAGAAUCGCUUGACAUGGGAGGCACAGGUUACAGAGAGCCGAGAUCACACCACUGCACUCCAGCAUGGGUCACAGAGCGCGAACUCUGUCUUAAAAAAAAAAAAAAAUCAAAAUGGUGGCCUCAGAGCAUUAAACCAAGAGUGAGACCCUUGUGGACACAGGCCCUAUGACUGCAGAGGUUUCACACUCACGAAGCCAGCCCUUAGGGUACGAACAGACACCCCCCAGAACACUACCUAUUAAGAACUUCGGACAAGAAACUUCCUUGCUGUCGUAGAAACCAACAGUGCAGUCAUGCGGCUGUGAAUGUGGAAGGCGGGGAAUCCCAAAGGCCUUGGUUUCAUCAUCACAGAAAACCUCAUCAGGAAGGUCAAGUUGUCGGGACUGUGAGAGUGCUAGUGGCAUCUGGGUCCAUGUUGCUGAGUUCAUCUUGACCUUCCUGUAUUUUGGGUAGGUGAACCCCUAAGCCCCUAAGUACCUACCUUUGCUAAGCUCAAUGAAAAUGGAUUUCUGACAUUUAAAAAUAUAGCAGUGUUGAGAAUCUUGGACUUUAUCCAGUAAGUGGGAGAGGAUUUGACUCCCUUGCCUGGUGGGAAGCAGGGUGGAGUCAAGAGGAGAGGGCAUGUGGGGUGAGCAUUGGGGACAGAGCCAUUUGUUGGAAGAUAAGUCUGAGACUGUGGCAGUUAAUAAGGUCAUUUUGAGAAAGGGAGUCCAUACUGAGGUGUUAAUCCAGGGCUCCAGCUGAACUACAAAAACCAAGGCCUGGAGGGAGAUGGAUACAGGUGCACACCUGAACUCUACAGGUAGAGCGAGGGUCCUCCCGGGGUUUUACUCCUUUACUAUUCUGGCCCCAGAGGUGCUGCUCCCUCUAAACUUACAGUUUUCCCUUAAGGGUGGUCACUUGGUCCCUCCCUUAUCUAAAAAAGGCUGGAACAUUCAAGAACACUUUACUAAAGGCUUGGAAGUACCAAGAGAAAUAAAGAUAAGGGUGCCCAUGAAUCUGGAGAUGACUGAGAGGCCUUUAUCUGGAGAUGGCUGGACCCCCCUUUUCUAGGAGCAGAGAGGGGAUCCAGGGAGUUCUCCGUUUUAGUCUCUCAGCUUCUGGUGGCCUCUCUCUCUUUCAUUUCCCCUCAUCCCUUCUGGAGCUGAGGGGGUGAAGGGGAUAAAAUACCUUUAGAUCAAGCAAUUCCACUUUUAGUUCAUCCUACAGAAAAAGUUACAUUCAAGGAUGUUCACUAUAGCGGUAAUAUUGUAAUAGCUGUGCGUGUGCAACUGUGUGUGUGUGUGUGUGUGUAAUAUAUUUUAUGUAGAAACAGGUCUGGAAGCAUACAGUCCAAACUGUUAACAAUAGUUACCUCUACGGAAGGAAGGGAGUGGGGAAGGAAGAGAGACUUUCCUUUGCCUCUGUACACUUUAUAUACUUCUGCUUACUUCGGAUUUUUUUUUUUUUUUUUACCAUUUUUCCAGUAUGUAUUCAUGUGUAUAAUUAUAAAAUGUGUAAUUUAAAAAUAAUGAAACUUAAAAAUCAUAUUAUACAAAAUUUUGAAAGUUCGAGGAAAGAACAUGAAGUCAGAUACCAUAGAUUUGUAGGGCUGUUAAUCCCCACGGUAAUUUCAUUUUUUCCACCAGUUUUCAGCAGUCUGGGGGCAGGACUGGAGGAAGGUGAUGUUAAAUGGACCCAGGAGAAGGCAGCUAAGGCACAGGGGCUCAGUUGUUGUUCUAGGCAUUUGACAUCAGUGAGCCCAUUUACUCUCUGAGGUAGAUAGUAGUCCUAGAUUUACAGUGGAGGACAGUGGCUGGGAGAGAUGAAGUCAGGAGCUCAAGGUCUAAUUGAUGGCAGAGCUGGGAUUCAGACCUCAGGGUGUGGAGCUCUCCCACUUGUGGCUGCCUCCAGCAUGGUUCAAUGGGGGAAGGCAAGGAAAGGAAGACAAAGAACUGGGUGCAGGUGGCACAGUCUUUGAAUGGCUGACCCCUGGGUGGAGACGGAGAUCAAGCCAGGAGGGAGAACUGGCUGUACAGAGGCUCAGGUUUAGUAGAAGAGGUGUGGAAGCAGAGUAGGUUUGGAUUUUAGACAGGCAAAGCUGUGAGGGACCCGGCAUCUGCAUGCCUUUAAUGAACAGGUGAGGGGGGCCAUGAGGGCUAAGGAGUCUCCUGGGAAUGGACUGACCUAUAACCCACAAAUCUGUGCCAGUCACAGGGGUAGGAGGGAGGCUGGGCCUAGGUCCUUUGGUUUAUCUCCUUUCCCAGCCCCAUUGACCUCAUGCUCAAGUCCUGGAGUAAGAACUGAAGCAGACAUUCAGCUACAAGUCUGAGUCUUGUGGAAGUCAAGCAGUUCGGGAUGGGGGUCCCUAUACCCAGGCAAAAUGGAUUGGGGCAGCCAGUGAAGCGUGUUCCACUUUGUGCCACGGAAUAGUGAGGCUGAACAUGGCUGGUGUGGUGGAGGCAGCCUACCUUCCAGCAGUACUGGGAUUGUUCAUGAGCCCUCUAGACACCUGGUAGGGAUAGGAUUCUUUGCAGGGGCCUGGGAGUCCUUGGUGACUUUGUGGGUGGCACACGCCAGUGAGGUUUGGGUUACUUCUGUCAGUGUGACCCAUUUUCUGUCCACUGUCACAGGGUACAGAAGUGUUCAGGGACCUCAAGGUGCAGGUUAGAGCCAGGGGAGGAGGGGUGGGGUGGAAUUGAUGUUAGGUGGUUGGAGCUGAGAGGAAGGGCCUGUGUCUUCCUGGAGUGUCCCAGGCCGAGGUUCUGGGUAUGGGAAAAAGUGGGCUGAGACUCCAGAAGCAGGCAGAUGACUCCUAUUUUUCCUAUCUGCUUCUGCACCAUUCAUAGCCCCAGGUCUCUAAGUCUAGGGUCCCAAAAUUGCAGAGCUGGAAAUUAGUUACAGCUUUCCGGGAACAGAGAGGGUAAGUGACCAGCUCAGGACAGCACAAGGCAGUCCGGGCAGUCAGCAAGGUGUGGGGCGGUGCACACGGGGCUUUUCAGGCCAACUGAUCCCCCAGCCCUAGUCCCCAACUCCUUCAUUUAGUGCAUGGCCCAAGGACCAACAAGGGAGGCGGGACGCCGAGGUCCUGCCUAGGAGGGGCGGGCCGAGAGGACUAGAGCUGCCUGGAGCCCCAGAAGCGGCAAGGUCAGCGCCGGGAGUCGUCAAGGCCGUACUUCUCUGCAGGGCGGGGAGGAGAGGUCGCGCUUUAAACUUCCAUGAACUCUGGUGGUUCCAAGCAUUUUCUCCAUGAAGUAUCCUUUAUUUACAGAGCUCCAGAUUCUACCUGGAAAAAAGACCUCUUAAAAUUGCAGAGCAAAGGCAGAAAAAAAUUAUACGAUUUAGGCGGAAUAAAGAGUGAUGUUUAAAAA